AAUAACCAUCUCUAGUUUGUUUCAGCUGUGAUGUGUUAUAUAUAAACACCACCCAGAGAUUCAAGUGUUCAAGGUGUGUUACAACCAUGAUGGGGCUGCUCACAAAAACUGAGAGAGGAGAUGAUUAGAUGUAAGAAGAUUUCCAAGACCUUGAACAUUCCUAGAGACACAAUUCGGAGUCUGGAAGUUUCAAACUUGUGCCAAAGAAAGCUUGACAUUUCAUCCAGAGGCCUUAGCUAUCUCAUCAGCACAAUGAUGGAAAACCAAGUGCUUGACAGCAUCGAAGGCUAACGUCAUGUCUCUGACCUUCUUUCUAUGUUCAAGACUUUGUGGCAAAUGCUGCACGGGUCAGAUAUUUCAGAGGAGAGCUCUGUCGGGAGCUGACGCCGUUAACGCUCUCCGACCCUUUUAUUUCGCCGUGCACCCCGAUUUCUUCGGCCAGCAUCCGAGAGAGCGGGUAGUGAAUGAAAACUCACUGAAAAGGUUAAACGGAUAUCUGGAAAAUCUUCAGAAGCCUGGAUUUAGGUCUGUCAGUCCUGCGAGGCUUACUUUCUACGUCAGGGACACGAAGGAGAAAACGGAGAGUGACGCCGACCUGCUGCCCUCUGGUUUCCGCUUAGUGACCUUCACUCUGCAGGCGAAGGAUGUGCUGUGUGCGGUGGUGGACGUUCUAAAGUCCUGUAGCUUGUCAGUAGAGCACAUGCAGGGUCUCCUCGAGGCCAGAGAGAAAAGCCAGAAGUCGAAGCAGCAGGGUGGAACUCCUUUCUAUCGACCCAUUAAAUGGGACAAGACGUACUAUGCGUUCACUGGCUUCAGAGACCCAGAGCAGGAGCUGGAGCAGGCCAGGAAAGUGGAGACCACGCUCAGUCUGUGGCUGAGAAACAAUGAACCGGAGGCCUCGAAAAAGCAGAACGCCAGCAUACCCCGGCGAGCAGAGCUGGACAGACUGAAGAGAGAGCUCAUCCAGAGACUGGGACUGCUGGACAUCAGGUGGCAGAGGAAAUGGGGUGUUGCACAUCGGUGUUGUCAGCUGCAGAGUCUGAGUCGUCUCGCUGUACAGAACCCGGAGGCUCUGCUCAAUCUCAGAGGGCACACGAUCGUUUUCACUGACCAAUCAGGAAUGAACGCUUCAGGGCAUGUAAUGCUGGGAACAAUGGAUGUGCACCAUCAGUGGACAAAGCUCUUCGACAGGUUACCCAGCUACUGCAGUCUGCUCCAACAGACGGAGUGGCUCAAGGAUCGGAUCAGUUUUCUAUUAGGGGGGAUCCAGGUGAUCCACUCGGAGCGUAUGGAUCCGGUGCUUCCUCUGGAGGAACACUACAGCACCCUCAGCACAUUCCACAAAAGACUUCUGCCCCACCGUCUCACCCUGCACCCUCGCAGCCUGCAGGGCCUCUCCAUGAUCGUAGAGAAUGACCGGACGACUCCCAGUCUCCAUGAGAUGGGUCAUUUCAGCAUCCCUACCAUGUGUGACCCUAAACAGUUGCAGAACUUUCUUCAAAGCCACGCCCAGGAGGCCCACCGACGUCUCCAGUGCAGGAACCAGUUAGAGACCGAGGAGAGGAACGUGGUGUCCGGCUGUGUCCAGGGUCUGUCUCUGCGCCGUCUCUCCAAAGAGCCCAGCGUCUCCAGCAGUCAGAUGAUCCCCUGUUGCAGGCGUUUAAUGGACGAGAGGUCUCCUCACAUGCAGGGCCUGCACCUCCGUGUUUCACACUUCUACUCGGUCAUGCAGGAUGGAGAUCUGUGUAUUCCCUGGGACUGGAAGGGUUAAUGUACCUGCACAAAUUAGCCAGUACUAGGUUUGGUUUAUAUGUAGCGUAUUUCCAGUGCACUUUGGACUUGUGUGAAGGGUACUCGUAUGUCAGUAUGUUGGUUUUAGGUACUCUGGAUGUGUAGGAGUAGCUGCAUUUCUGUGAAAGCAGCUGAUGGCCAAGAGAGGGCCCCAAAAAAUCAUUCAUGGGACUUUUUUGGACGUCAAAGUAAGUGAAGAACCUGACAGGAGCAAUGACUAAUCACUGUAAAAGACUAAGCACAUGUACACGUAAAUUAAUAAGCUGGUCAUUAUUAA